CCGCGGCUGCUGCUGCCCCUGGACCCCUACGGCCAUGGGCUGCUGCCCGCCGUGCACCCGGACGGUGGCCGGGGCCGGGCCCACGGCAAGAGGAAGAGCUGGAACUUCAUCCAUGAGAAGAUGAGCUACGACACCUUCUUCACCAUGAAGCGGCUGAUCGAGCGCUCGCGCAGCGUGGGCGAGGUGCUCCGCUGGGUCACGCAGAACCCGGGCAAGGUGUCGGCUAGUCACUACCCCAUAGCGCUUCACAAGCUGGGGCAGCUCCUGCAGCAGCAGCCGGGGCCGCCCAUGGGGGCUGGGGACAGCCGCGGGCCCGCGGGGCAGGUGCUGGAGCAGCCCGAGUUCCACGUGCUGUGCCAGGCCAUCGUCAGUGGCUGCGCCAAGUUCGACAACUUCAGCAUCGUCAACUGCCUGUACGCAGCGGCCGCGCUGGGGCUGCCCGGGGAGUCGCCGCUCGUGCGGGUGCUGGAGGACGAGUCCCGCAGCCGCCUGGGCCGCUUCAACCAGAAGGACGUGUCGAUGGUGUUCAGCAGCGUGAUGCGGCUGCACCCCUCCAGCCCCCACCCGCUGGUCGAGUCCUGCCUCAGCAGCCUGGAGCGGCACCUGGAGAAGGAGCGGCACCCCCAGACCCUCUUCCUGCUGCUCUCCUACUACCGGCUGCGGGCACAGGCGCUGCAGGGCCACGCGGCCUCCGACCAGCAGCUCAUCAACAACCGCAAGAUCCUGCGCUUGGUGCGGCACACGCUGGGCCAGGUGAGCGCCAUGAGGGAGCACGAGCUGGCGCUGCUGGACGAGAUGCUGGCCCUGUGUGCCCAGGAGGCCAACAACAAGGCCCUGGAGGCCAUCUUCAGCUCCCAGCUCUUCUACGAGAACCGGCAGGAGCGCUUCAUUCGCAGCAUGGCAGAGUGGCUGCCCCGGAAGGCAGAGAACCUCACCCCCUACACCAUGGCCCUCAUCGCCAAGUACGUGGCACGGCACCGGCUGCGUGAGCCGCGGCUGCUUGACACCAUCGCCAACUUCCUGCUGAAGCGCGGAGAGCAGCUCGACAGCAAGGUGAUCCAGAAGUUGGUGUUUCCCUUCAGCCGGAUGAACUACCGCCCCUCCAACCACGGCGAGCUCUUCCCCAAGCUGGAGGCCAUCUUGGAGCAGAAGGCUGGCAGCUCACCACUGGCCACCGUCAACAUCCUCAUGUCCAUGUUCCAGCUCAGCCACUUCCCACAGACUGUCCUGCACCAGGUCUUCUCCCCAGGUUUCAUCACCAACGUCAUGAGCAGCCCCUACGCGCUGAUCGUGCGCCGGUACCUGUCGCUGCUGGACGCGGCCGUGGAGCUGGAGUUCCGGGAGUACAGCGGGCCCCGCCUGGACCCGCGCUACCGCGUCCUCAUGUUCGAGCACGCCCUGACCGCUGACGAGGCCAACAGGAAGUACAGCUACAAAGGGCUGGUGGCCGAGGCGCUGCGACAGCUGGUGGGGGAGGAAUGCUACCGGCAGGACGAGGUGCUGCCCCCCGGGUACUGCACAGACUUCCUGCUGUGGAUCAACCGCUCAGGCACGGUGCUGCCUCUGUCGCGCGUUCCGGCAGCUUCCAGGGUACCCCCAGCCACGUCCCCCGUCGCCGUGUCCCUGCGCUCCAGCGUGCUCGCCCUCACCUCGGAUUUGCAGGACUUUGCCCCGUUUGCCGCAGAGACGCCCGGCAGCCCCCCAGGCCCCCGGGAGAGCGGCCGGGCCGGGCGGUUCCUGCCGGCGCUCUGCCCAGCCCCGGGGGGGCCUUGCUUCCAGCCCCCCUCGGACUAUUACUGCGG